CACCUCCGUACGACAGACGUGCGUCAGUUACAGCUUCUGAAUACGUAAUCUUAGGUGUUAAACGGUUAUAAAAUAAGUGUGUGGUGUUCAUUGUAAGGUGUGAGGCAGACGCGCGCGUCAACAGCUCAGUAUUCACCGUGCUGUCAGGAGGGGAGCAUCUACGCGUCACUGUGUCCUCUCUCUACGAGCUUACAAACAGAUGCGUAUUGGUAAUGAUGUGAACGACCAAGCGCUGGGCUAGGAUGAUACCUCUGCAAUACAUAUUUGGCGUACUACUCGCUGCAGCACUAGUCGCACAAUCUGGUAUAGCGUUCCAACCUGAGUUUGCAGAGCCACUGGAGAACCUGACAGUUGCAGUAGGGAGAGACGCCACCUUCAGGUGCACAGUACAGCACCUGGGCGGAUACAGGGUUGGCUGGGUGAAGGCUGACACGAAAGCGAUACAAGCAAUCCACGAUCACGUGAUCACUCACAACCCUCGUGUGUCUGUGAGUCACUCAGAUCACUCCACGUGGAACCUACAUGUCCGCAGUGUACAGGAGGAGGACAGAGGACAGUACAUGUGUCAGAUCAACACGGACCCUAUGAAGAGUCAGAUGGGGCACCUGGAUGUAGUGGUUCCGCCAGACUUUGUCAACGAGGAGACCUCCAGCGACGUCAUGGUGCCUGAGGGAGGAACUGCCAAGUUGACGUGCAAAGCCCGAGGAUAUCCAACACCGCACGUUACCUGGAGAAGAGAAGACAACGGCGAGAUCGUCGUCAAAGAGGCUGGAGGAAAAACCAAAGUGACGUCAUACCAAGGGGAGGUGCUGAAGCUGCCCAAGAUCACGAGGGGUGAGAUGGGUGCCUACCUGUGUAUAGCCUCUAACGGCAUCCCACCCUCUGUAAGCAAGAGAAUACUCGUCAACGUGCAUUUCCAUCCAGUGAUUCAGGUGCCCAAUCAGCUGGUAGGAGCUCCUACGGCCACUGACGUCACUCUAGAGUGCUAUGUGGAAGCAUCGCCAAAGUCCAUCAACUACUGGGUGCGCGACUCUGGAGAGAUGGUGAUUUCGAGUGAGAAAUACGAAGUUCAGAGUGUCACAAAGUCUUUGUUCGAGGUGAAAAUGAUCCUCAUCAUUCGUGGAUUCAAUAAACCGGAUGUUGGUUCAUACCGAUGCAUUGCCAAAAACUCAUUAGGAGAAGUGGAGAGCAAUAUCAGGCUAUAUGAAAUCCCCGGACCCACGCGGAAGGUGUACCAAGGACCUCCUGACGACGAGGAGGAUCAGAAUUACGAGGUGUACGGCUCAGCCGAGGAAGAGGGUCAAGACGAAAUAUCAAACUCAGUACAGGUUGUAGCAGGUUGGGGGGACACUCCUACUUCAUCAGGAGUUCCCUCAAAAGGAACCUUCAACACUGUACAAGUGUUAGACGGUGCAGCGCCCAGCAGUGCUUCACGGCAUGCAGGCACUCUAAACACGAUACUCGCUGCAAUAUAUAAAACCCGAUUAAGCAUUAGAACACAAGCAAUCAGUAUCUUCAAUACAUCUUCUUUGUGGAAAUUAAAUGUGUUUUUUGUCAAAACUCUUUAUUUCCCUGUAACUAUUUGCACGAAUCUUUUACUCUCGAUUUGUUUUCCAACUCAGACACCGUUCAGUCUCUGACAUGAAGUCCGUUUAAGAUCACACAUGUUUGCUCCUUAGUCUCCGGUGAUUGCAAUAGACUUUAAGAGACUGAGUAUUGUUGUUAGUGUAAAUUGUUAGAGUUGUAAACUUUGUUUGAGGAAAAGUUCUAUAAAAACUGUUUAUUUUAUUAACUCAUAAUUGCGCUUAUAGUGAAUUGUAUCCAAUUAACAAAAGUAUUUUGAGAUUCAAUUAAAGUUGUACUCUUCAAUAAACUAGUACAUUAUUGAAUCAUGUUUUAACAAUAUUGAUGGGAAUAAAUCACAAUAAAUAAAUGAUGUUGUACCUAUUUCAAAUAAUAUAACUCUAUAGUAACCUAUCGGUUAAGCGAUAGAAAAUAAACGUGGUUUAAAAUUAUCAUUAUAAAAAUGGUUUUCUUUUUGUUAUUAGUAAUUCUUACUAAUAAGAAGUAAGAGUUAAGAAAGUAGACGUAUUCUCUGAAAUUUAAAUAAGAAUGACAUAUGUUUCAUACGGUUCUUUUUGCACAUUACACUAUUCAGACAUUUAGUUUUUUAGACCUUUAAAAAGGCCGAUUUUUGUUUAAGGAAACAUAAAAAAGUAAAAAUACAAGUACAACAACAAUUUUUAGUUUUUUCAACGUUUAAUGUAAUUGAAAGUAUUAAUACAAUUAUUAAUAUUUAUUAAUACAAUUUAGCAAUUAUGCCAACAAAAAAAAGUUUGUUAUCAAUACACACCUGCAUAAACCUUUCAGCUUGCCCCUUACCUCAUGAGCUUUAACUCCGUAAUUACUUUUUGUAUUUUCGUAUCUUUCUGCAAUCCAAUAAAUGAGCAAUACAUCAACAAAAUCAAAAUCCAAAUAGUGAAAACUAAUAAAUAUUCCGGUUCAACAUACACAUUUUAGGUGUUAAAUAUGUAAGAAAUAACUAAAUUCUGAGUUAAACACUAUCACAAAAAUCCAUUUUAAUUCAUAAUCAAAACAAAAACAAUCCAUUGUAAACAAGAGUAUUUUUAACAUGCGAUUUGAUACAUUAAGCAACAUUAAUUGACACAAAUGAUUUUAUAUAGUAUGUAUCAGUACGCUACAAUGUUUUAUGGUUACCCAGAAUGGCAAACAAUUACAUUCCUUGUAGAAUGCAUUUAGACAUAAUGUAAGAUUUAAGUACAACUGAGCAUAGCAAUGAAACUAAGCUAUUUGCAAACUCAAAAGCUACAUUAAACAUUUUUUAAGCAAUUGUUUCUGAUCAAAUAAUGUCUGGAUAUCAUAUAACAAAUUUAUAACGUAGCUUUUAUAUGGGAUCUGUACAUAAUCGUUUGUAAGUAAAUGUAGUUUUAGUAAGGUGCAAAGUAUGAUUUCACUUGUUACAAUAGCUGAUGUAAAUAUAAAGUUGUGUGCCUAAUGUAAUGUUACAUUUGACAAAAUAUCAACCUAUAAAUAGACAAACGCUUAUGUAAAUACUAUCCAAUCGUUAGAGCAGUGUGUCAAGUGCGUUGACAAUAAUAUGCUUAUUUCGUUUAUUUAAAAUGUAUAAAUAACAUAUUCUUUUGAUUCAUCUUGCUACGCUGUAUUCAUGGAAACCAGUUAUUGUAAUAAUUACGUAAAAAAUUUGAAGGUCGUACGUUUUUGUAAGUCGUUAUGCAUUUAUUUAUUAACAACUGUAACAUAGGAAACGAAAUAUUUCAAAAUACCUAAAAACUGCUAUUUACUAUCACUUUUGCUAAUCUCAAUAAGUAUUGACUUUCCCCAAGAAUGUUUACAUGUAUUCAUAGUAAACCAGAACAGAUGUAAAACUUUUACUCCCUUGAGAUUGAUAUAGCAGCCCAUCUCAGCUUGUAGGACCAUUGUACAUUCCCCAAGUGUAACCUAAAAUACAGGAACCUGAUGUGAUGUAUAAUCAUUUAAGUUGUACAAUUGUUUAGUAGGCUGUGGAAAUUGUUAAGUUGUGUAAACGGUUACGUUUAUAA